AUGGGUCAUCUUCGGGACCCUCGGCGGCGGCGGCUGGCGGAGGCGGAGGCGGCGUUGCCGUGGGCGGUUCAGCACGGCUCGGCGCUCACCGGGGACAACCUGAUAACGCCAACAACCACUAUAACCACCUACCGCAGCAGCCGCUACCACCCGGGCGCGGCGCUGAUGCGGCUGCGGCCGCUGCGGCAGGCGCCUUUGCCGGUGCCGGCGGCGCUGACGCUGACGGCACGGAGGACCCGACAGCGGCGGCAGCGGCCCAACCAUAGUCGCGGUGCAAGGGAGCAAGAACGGGAAAGGACGCAGAUGCCGCAGCAUCCUCCGCAGGACUCUCCGGCCCUGGGUGGCUCACGAGCCGAUCUGGGAGCCGAACAUGUGGCGGCUGCGGCGAUGGCGGCAGGGUUUCCCGCAGACGGGAUGCCGUACAGCGGCGGCUGCGGCAAUUCGACGACGAUUGCGGCAGGGGGCCAGCCAUCUCGCAUGGGGGGCGGAGAAGGCUCGGCGCUCAACCGCCAGAUGUCGUACAGCUCCAGGGAUCCUCCGUUUAAUGGCGGCGUUGGCGGGGGAGGUGGCGGCGGCGGCGCAGGGGCCGUCGACGCGAUGCAGGUGGAUUCGUCGUCUUCGCCGCCGACAGCUCCCUUGCGAACGGUAUCGGGAAUGGCGGAGGCGGCGGUGACGGCGGCAGCUGCCGCCGCAGCAGCAGCAGCCGGCGCCGCCAAUGCCGCUGCGCCCGCCGGCGACGAGCGCAUCCAUGCCUCCCUAGCCGCCAUAGAACGGAAGCUAUUGCUGCAGGAGGAGCGACUGGUGUACGAACUUAAGCAAGUACGACUAAUGCAGAAGCUGCUACACGUACAGCAAAUGAAGCAGAUGGUCCGGGAGGCCAUGCGCGGCAAGGACCGCGAUGCGGCGGCGGCUCUAGCCGCGGCGGUGGCGGGGCUAGGAACGGAAGCGUUGCUGGGAACUGCGGGGUCGCCGUUCCCAUCGGCGGUGGCGGCGGCGGUAGCUCCGGUAGCCGCGACGGCCGGUCCUGACGGCGUGGAUGGGGCCUUGGCGCGGCUGUCAUCUUUGCCGUCUCAUGUUCUAGUAGCCGCCGCCAGGGCGGCCGCAGCCGCCGCGCCUGGUGGUGGGGGCAGCGGCACGCUCGUCCGUGAGCUUUCGGGAACGGAUGUGCUCCGUACCGGCAGCGGCGCCGCUGCCGCGGCAGCAGCUCACCACGGCGUCCCCUCCGCUGCCGCCGCCGCCACUGCUGGGACCGCAUCCGACCACCCCCACCCGCCUCAUUUCCCCCCCCAGCAACACCCCGCUCACCACCACCCGCUGGCUCGGCACUCUUCACUCCCUUCCCAUCAGCGGAGGGGCGUCCACCCCGCGGAGGUGCACGGCGCAGUCGCCGCUGCCGCCGCCGCCGUACAGGACGGCACCGCCGCUACGUCGGAUGAGGCUUGGAGCUCGCUCAGCGCCGACGGCGGCGGACGCCUGAUGGCAUACAUUGCUGCGUUAUCUAGCAACAAGGGCGCGGCGCCAGCGGGCGGGCUAGCGGCGACUCCAUGUCGGGAUGCGGGCUCGCUGGGAGUUUCAGACCUGGGCGGGAUGCUUGGCGGCGGCGGCAGCCAGGCUUCACGGCAGCGUGCUCACGCCGGCGGUGGCGGCGGUAGUGACGGAGCCGGUGCAGCGGCGCUACGGAAUGGUCCACCGCCACUGCCGCAUGGAUCCCGUGCCGCCGCCGGCACAGUGCCGUACAACGGCGGCGUUGGUAUUGAUGUGACAGGACAGCGUGUGGUGGUUUACGGAACCAUUCUGGAGUCUGAAUGUGCCGAAUUAGAUUUCGUCGGAAGCGGUCAGAAGAUCAAAAUCUGGAACCGCUGA